AUGGUCGAGAUCAAGCCACCAGCUAUGGAGUUGUUCUACAAUGCAUUAGCUCCUACAACUCUUGUCAAGCCAGCUCCUGUCAAAGGAGUCUGGCUGCCCAGCUCGCCUCCCAACAUCACGAGCGAGUUGGAAAAAGCGAAAGUCAUUCUUCACUUCCCCGGUGGCGCCUUUGUUAUAGCGUUCGGCCAUGAGACCUCAGGACGACCAGCAACAGAGAUAUUGACCAAAUAUUUGCAGGCGAACAGAGUUCUUUGGGCUCAAUAUCGCCUUGCAUCCAACAAUCAGACUUGCUUUCCAGCUGCACUACAGGAUGCCCUCACCUACUAUCACCACCUUUUGUCUUUGGGCAUAAACUCCAAGAACAUUGUUCUAUCUGGCGACUCAGCUGGUGGUAACAUUGUUCUUGCACUCAUGCGAUACCCCGAGUCUGCACAAGCAUCAGAGCUGCCUCUACCUGGCAGCGCUAUUGUUUUCUCGCCUUGGGUUCACGUUACUUCACAUGCUGCUAAAGAUUAUGAAGCAUGCAGUAAUAUCAAGGCUGAUAUUUUGAGUGGGUCAUUGUUGCAAUGGGGUGCUGCAUCAUAUUUACCAUCUGAGCAACUUUCAAGAGAAACGGAAGCUUACAUCUCACCACUACACCAUCCUUUCAGAACAUCGGCUGGGGAGGCUGAAUCCUUCUUUGAGCAUAUCAAAAGCUUUUCUGCCGGUAUGAAAGAGAUGAAUGGUGACAGAGUGCGUUUCCACGCAGCACCAAAAGCACCGCAUGACUUUCUGCUAUAUUAUGAUGCAUUUGGCAUGAAGGAUGAGCUUGUCACUGCAGUUGACAAAGCUUGUGAGUUCUUUGAUGAAAGAAAAUGA